UUGGUAUAAUGUUCUUCCGCUUAUCCGAGGUCGGGUCGCGGGGGCAGCAGCCUAAGCAAGGAAGCCCAGACUUCCCUCUCCCCAGCUACUUCCUCCAGCUCUUCUCGGGGGAUCCCGAGGUGUUCCCAGGCCAGCCGGGAGACUUCCCAAAAAACCAGAUAUGGAGAAGCAAGACACGGAGGAGUCAGUCGCCUCGGGCAACGAGGAUGCCCCCUCCACCGUAGAGGGACCGGAGCCACCCGGGAUUGCCAAGGACAGCCUAGCUGGUGACCUUAAAGAAUCCGAAAUGCCUUCUCAAAGUGAUGAGGCGAUAACCGAAGACAUCUUAGUUCAGCUUCGGUGCGACGAGCUGAGCAGGCAGCUGGAGGACAUCCUCGGCAUCUACUGCAGACAGAGCUGUUCUGACGAUGCCGACGCCCUCGCCAACGGCCAGUUGCACAAUCCUGAGCUAAACGGGGUGGAGAAAGAAGAUGGCAAGCCGGGCAGAUCCAAGGGCGGCAGCGGCGGGGAGAAGCAACACAAGAAGACGCAGGAGAAAAAGAAAGUGAAGGGUUUAGGCAAAGAAAUCACUCUCCUCAUGCAGACUCUCAACACUUUGAGCACGCCAGAGGAGAAGCUAGCAGGCCUCUGUAAGAAGUAUGCUGAACUGCUGGAAGAGCACCGCGACAGCCAGAAGCAGAUGCGAGUGUUGCAGAAGAAGCAGACCCAGCUGGUGCAGGAGAAGGACAACCUGAGGAACGAUCACAGCAAGGCCAUCCUGGCUCGCAGCAAGCUGGAGAGUCUCUGCAGGGAGCUGCAAAGACACAAUCGCUCACUCAAGGAGGAAGGCAUACAGAGGACUCGUCUGGAGGAGGAGAAGAGAAAGGAGGUGACGUCACAUUUCCAGGUGACGAUCAAUGACAUCCAGGUGCAGAUGGAGCAACACAACGAGAGGAACGCCAGCUUGCGGCAGGAGAACACGGAGCUGUCGGAGAAGCUGAAGAAGCUGUACGAGCAGUACAAGUUACGUGAGGAACACAUCGACAAAGUGGUGAAGCACAAGGAACUGCAGCAGCAGCUGGUGGACACCAAACUUAACCAGGCAGAGGAGAUGCUCUUAGAGUCGGAGGAACACCACAACAAAGAGAAAGAUUUUCUGCUGAAAGAGGCGGUGGAGUCUCAGCGGAUGUGCGAGCUGAUGAAGCAGCAGGAAGGUCACCUGAAGCAGCAGCUGUCUCUCUACAACGACCAGUUUGAGGAGUUCCAGACCACCUUGACCAAGAGCAACGAGGUCUUCACCACCUUCAAGCAGGAGAUGGAGAAGAUGACCAAGAAGAUCAAGAAGCUGGAGAAGGAGACAGCCAUGUAUCGCUCCAGGUGGGAGAGCAGCAACAAGGCUCUUCUGGAGAUGGCUGAGGAGAAAUCCGCACGGGAUCGUGACUUCGAGGCCCUACAGGGCAAAGUCCAGCGCUUGGAGAAGUUGCGGCGGGCCCUCAAAGCGGAACGUAACGAACUAAACAAGAAGGUACAGAACCUCAGCGGCACCGCCGAAGCACCCGUCGCCGACUCUCCUUCCCCUCCACCGACAGACUCUCCUCUCGAGGGCAGUGGCGACGGCUUGGGAGCAACCAGCAGCCCUCACACCCCUGAACUGAACACAGAUGUGCUGCAGCCCGUCACCUCACAGGAAUGAUUUGUACUUUUAGGACGACUUUUCAUUUACGUGCACAUUGACUGUGAAUCACUUAAGUACGAACAUGAUUUACAGCAAUAUAGCGUCAUUAAAAUAGUACUUUUAGUACUGUGUACGUAAACCUCAGCAGCACUGACUGUUACAUUCCUCCUUUCACAACACGUAAUUGCUUACAGAGCCCAUAACACACACACACACACACACACACACACACACUAUUAACCUGCAGUAUUGUCAAUUCUCUAAGGAUGUCAAAUAAUUAGCCAGGAUGAAUGUUUUCACACAUUUUGCAGUGUUCAGGGACCGCUAUGCAACACAUUGUGUUGAUCCUGUGGCAGUCUGAAGUAAAAAAAAAAAAAAAAAAAAA